GGACUUUCGUUCCUGGUGUUCAGUUGUCGCAGUUGGUGGGUAGUAACUGAGCCAAGAUGCUGCGGAAUCUGCUGACUCUUCGCCAGAUUGCCCAGACGACCAUAAGUACUGUUUCACGCAGGCAGUUUGAAAAUAAAGUUCCAGAGAAACAAAAGCUAUUUCAGGAGGAUAAUGGAAUACCAGUGCAUCUAAAGGAUGGAGUAGCUGAUGCCCUCCUGUAUAGAGCCACUAUGAUGCUUACAGUUGGUGGAACAGCAUAUGCCAUUAUUAGCUAGCUGUGGCUUCUUUUCCCA